GAUACGCACGCCUCAAACCCCUCACUGCGAGACAGCCUUCCCUUCCAAAAAAAAAAAUCUCCAUCGGCCUGGCCAGCCACCCACAUACAGUAACAGUAGCCAUCCCCAAGUCCACCUCUAGUCCCUCCUCUACCCGUCUCUCUUUUUCUCAAGAGCUACACGAGAGAGAGAGAGAGAGAAAAGGAGGGGAGAGAGGCACACAACGCUGCUGUGCUGCACACACAAACAAGUAGCAGUAGUGGAAGAAGCGAAGGGAUCGGAGGAGGAGAGGAGAGGAAGUGUGGCCGGUGACAGACAGAAGAGAAGAAGAAGAACAAGAAGAGAUGAUGGUGGUGGUGAAAAGAGACGGGGAUGAUGCAGCACAGGCGGUGGCGGCUUCAGUUUGAGCAGCUGCGUGCAGAAGCUGAGCCAAGAAAGCAAGCAGCAGCUGCAACCGCUUCCAGUCCCCCCCCUGACUCUCCCAGCCAGCCGCCAGCAGGCUCAGUCGCCCAAGCAGCAAGCACCAAAGCGAUCGAUCGAGCUGCUCUCCGUCCGUGCUGGUCCCCCUCGCGCGCCUCUCCACUCCCCCCUCUCUCUCUCUCUUUCUCUGAUCCAUCCACCCAAUUCGCCAGCUCCGCCGCCACCCUAGCUAGCUAGCAGCUAGAGUACAGAAGCGGAAGGUAGACCGCUCGGAGGCGGGAGGAAGGUCGACCGACACGAGUAGAGUCGAGCAGGCCGGCACAGCAGCUUGCCUCUCGACCGGCGGCGGCCAUGGAGGACACCCUCAAGUCGCUGUCCAUGGACUACCUCAACCUGCUCAUCAACGGGCAGGCCUUCAGCGACGUCACGUUCAGCGUGGAGGGCCGCCUGGUGCACGCGCACCGCUGCAUCCUGGCCGCGCGCAGCCUCUUCUUCCGCAAGUUCUUCUGCGGCGCCGCCGCCGCCGACCAGGCCGCCGCGCCCGGCGCGCUGCUGCUGGACCACCUCAGCCCGCGCUCCCCGUCCGGCGGCGCCUCCUCCUCCUCCCCGCGCGGCGGCGCCGGCGGCGCGGGAGCCUCCGCGGCAGCGGCGCCGGGCGCCGUCAUACCCGUCAACUCCGUCAGCUACGAGGUGUUCCUGCUGCUGCUGCAGUUCCUCUACAGCGGCCAGGUGUCCCUGGUGCCGCAGAAGGGGGAUCCCCGGCCGGGCUGCGGCGAGCGCGCGUGCUGGCACACGCACUGCGCCGCCGCCGUCGACCUCGCGCUCGACACGCUCGCCGCCGCACGCUCCUUCGGGGUCGAGGAGCUCGCGCUGCUCACCCAGAAGCAGCUGGCCGGCAUGGUGGAGAAGGCGUCGAUCGAGGACGUGAUGAAGGUGCUGAUGGCGUCGCGGAAGCAGGACCUGCACCAGCUGUGGACCACGUGCUCCCACCUCGUGGCCAAGUCCGGGCUCCCCCCUGAGGUGCUGGACAAGCACCUCCCCAUCGACGUGGUGGCCAAGAUCGUGGAGCUCCGCCUCAAGUCCUCGAUGUCCCGCCGCUCGCCGUUCCUCGCGCACCACCACCCGCACCACCACCCGGCGGCGGGCGGCAUGGAGGCCUCGUCCGCGGCCGACAUCGACGAGCACCACAAGAUCCGCCGCAUGCGCCGCGCGCUCGACUCCUCCGACGUGGAGCUGGUGAAGCUGAUGGUGAUGGGCGAAGGGCUGAACCUGGACGAGGCGCUCGCGCUGCACUACGCCGUGGAGAACUGCAGCCGGGAGGUGGUGAAGGCGCUGCUGGAGCUCGGCGCCGCCGACGUGAACCACCCGGCCGGCCCCGCCGGGAAGACGCCGCUGCACGUCGCCGCCGAGAUGGUGUGCCCGGACAUGGUCGCCGUGCUGCUAGACCACCACGCCGACCCCAACGUGCGCACCGUGGAGGGCGUGACGCCGCUGGACAUCCUCCGCACGCUCACCUCCGACUUCCUGUUCAAGGGCGCCGUGCCGGGGCUGGCGCACGUGGAGCCCAACAAGCUCCGGCUCUGCCUCGAGCUGGUGCAGUCGGCGGCCAUGGUCAUGUCCCGCGAGGACGCGCACACGGCGGUCAACCCCGCGGCCGCGCCCAUGUACGGCGAGCCUUCCGGAGGCGGCGCCGUGUACAGCGCGAGCGGCACCAGCUCGAGCAUGGUGAACCUCAGCCUGGACAACAGGAUGGUGUAUCUGAACCUAGGGAUGGACGCGCAGUUCGGCAAGAUGGACGACGGCGGCGACGGUGAUGACGGCGGGGGCAGAGGGCAAGGGGGCCCGCCUUCUUUGUUCUCCCCGCAUGGCUACCAUUGACACAAGCUGGCCGGAGCGGCUGCUGCUCUACGACUAUCUCUCCUUGUAAGCUUUAGAACUAAUUAAUUACAUGUUGUUAUUCAUAUCCACAUUACAGGAGAUGAUGAUGAUGGUGAGAUAAUCCGUUUGGCCCUCUAUCAUCCUCUGAGCCUUUUAAUUAGCAGAGCCGAUUAGAGAGAGAUCACGCAAAUGCAUGCAUGCAGAGUGAUGCAUCGUCAUCACAAGAGUAUGCAUGGAUCUUGGUGAGUUGCCUACUCCAGUUGUUGUAGCAUGCGGCGCCGGGGGGGCGUUGUCUGGGACAUUUUAAGAGGUAAAACUGUUCUUUUGUUGGUGGGUCAUCUUGUGCAUUAUAAUGGUGAGGCAUCCAGAAGAAAGGUUGACUUGACAGUA